ACUUCAGCCAAUGACAUAAUUUCACUUUUCGCGGUGGCCACGCUGGUUGUAUAUAAUGUGUACUCUAAUCUGGAAAUGUGUCCCUCGUGAUAUUUAAACUGGACUCGACUAACUGAUAGGCCUACUGAUGACGUUAUGUCAUUUUGGUUGCCUGGAUGGGAAAUGGAAAAGCAAAGUACAGUUUUACAGCAAAUGUGCAGAAGCAGGUAGGCCAAGGUUACCGAUCGCUUGGUGGUGAAACCAUUGUCUUCCUUUUACCAAACAUCCAUUUGCUCGCCUGAGUGAUGGCAGUAGAAGUUGUUGUUAGAAACUGUGGAAAAUUACUGGAAGGACCCCACUGGGAUAGUGCCAGUGAUACCCUGUUAUUCGUUGAUAUAUCUGGACGGGCAGUACACAGAUACGACCCAAACACCGGGAAGAACAAGACAGUUCAACUGGGUGAAAAUGUUGGUGCAGUGGUCCCGACUAAAGACGGACGCUUAUUGAUUGCCGGACGCCACACCUUCUCAUACCUGGACUGGGAAAGUGGGAAGCUGGAACCGAUUGCAGCUGUUGAACCGGACAAGCCUAACAAUCGAUUCAAUGAUGGAAAAUGUGAUCCAAUGGGACGAUUUUGGGCAGGAACAAUGGGGCCUGAAGAAAGGCCAGCAGAGGUCCUUCUACAUCAAGGGACUCUGUACUGUCUGCAUACAGAUCUUACAGUAAAACCACACUUCGAUCAAAUUAGCAUAUCCAAUGGGAUGGCAUGGAGUCUGGAUCAUAAAACACUGUACUAUAUCGACACACUUUUGGAAUACGUUGAUGCGUUGGACUAUGAUAAAGAAACUGGUGAAAUUAAAAAUCGACGUCAUAUAAUUCAUGCACCUGUUGAAGAAGGGUUACUGGAUGGGAUGUGCAUUGACGCAGAGGGAAUGUUGUGGAUUGCUAUGUUCCAAAAGUCUCGGGUUAAUCGGUAUAACCCGAACACAGGUGAAAAACUACAGACUAUCAUGUUUCCCGCAACUAACAUAACAUCGUGCUGCUUCGGCGGGCCCAACUAUGAUGUGCUUUACGUCACCGCCUCCGCCGAGGGACUCACUGAUGGUGAGCUGAAGGAACAGCCCCUUGCUGGAUCCGUUUUUAAAGUCACCGGCCUUGGAGUUCGAGGUUUACCAGCUAAUGUGUUCGGCUGACGUGUAUUUGAAUGUAGCAAUCCUUUUAAUUUCAUUUACACACAUGAAGAUUGCUUUUAAACUCAGGAAAUUAUUCUUUACAAUUUCACAAUAAAAUAUUUCAAAAAAUAUUAAUAACUAAAUUUUAAUUGUUGGUAUAUAUUCUCAAUCAUUUCUAUUGAUUACAGCUAUACCUUGAUAGGUAUUCUGUUUCACCAAACUUUUAUCAUUAGGAGACUUGGGCCAAGUUUCACUUAUUAUCCGAAAGCAGAGUUAGUUAUUUUUGGUUGCAGAAAAAAUUCCAGACUUUCAGAUAAAUAAUCAGAGACCAGCCCGGGUGUGUAAAAAUUUGUUUCAUUUUACGUCAAAUGGACAAUUAAUAAAAUGACAAAUGAUGGUUAUGAUUAGGAAAGAAUUGUGGAGUGCUUUAUUAUUAAUAAGUGGGGAAAAGGCAAAAUUAGACAACACAUUAAAAAUGUAAUAACAUGCUGACAGUUCUGCCUAUGUUAGCUAGACCAACUGUGAAUGUACAGCAAACAAGGCUAACAUUCAUUUUAUUCUCCAUCUACUAAAUGGAUACAAGAUUCUAAACAAAAUACUGGAUGUUUGCAUGAUAACCAUAAAAAUUGGGAGAUAAUUUUAAAACUGUUUAUCAGAAAAUGUUUGAAAUGCUGAUGGCUGUAAUAUAGCCAGGGGUCCCAUACGUUGGAAGAAAUCCCUUCCUGGAGAUCUGGGUAAACUUUCUUAAGUAGUAAAAACAUGCAAAUUUAAUUAUUUUUUGGGAGACUUUAGACCUCCUGUAUAGCACUAUUUUGCUGUUGAAUGAAGCCUCUAUAAAUAAGAUUUGAUGAGUUUUAAUAGCUGAGAAUGAAAUAAAUCAAGAAAGAAAUGGAAUCAUUUUCAUAAUGUUUAGAUUUAUUGUUAAAUGUCCAUUAUAUGCACAUGGAAAUGAGUUGCAAAUGAAUUACAUCUAUGAACAGGCAUUAAAACAUUACAAUGAACAAUUUAAUUGGUCAGUACAGAAAUGAAAAUGUUAAAAACAGUAUAUAUAUAAAUUAUGAAUAAA